ACUCCAUUUCGAGUUUCACUCCCCUGCUCGACGAAAUGGCCUCCGUAGCGCUCAAAUCCUUCACCGGACUCCGUCAAUCGUCGCCUGAGAAGCCCCAUUUCGUCACUCAAACGAAGGCCACCCCGAACCCCCAAUUUCGGCGUCGAUUUUAUGUUUCCGCUGCCAAAACUAGCCCUAAAAUCGCCGGCCGCAACCUCAGAGUUGCGGUGGUUGGCGGCGGCCCUGCUGGAGGAUCGGCCGCUGAAACUCUCGCCAAGGGUGGCGUUGAGACUUUCCUGUUCGAGCGGAAGCUCGACAACUGCAAGCCUUGCGGUGGGGCGAUUCCGCUGUGCAUGGUUGGUGAAUUCGAUCUCCCGUUGGAUCUGAUUGACCGCCGUGUCACGAAGAUGAAGAUGAUCUCCCCAUCGAACGUUGCCGUCGACAUCGGCCAGACCUUGAAACCUCACGAGUACAUUGGGAUGGUUCGGCGAGAGGUUCUGGACGCGUAUCUUCGCGAGCGAGCCGCUGAGAAUGGAGCUAACGUGAUUAAUGGCUUGGUCAUGAAAUUGGACAUUCCGAAAGAACGAAAUUCACCGUAUGUCCUUCACUACACUUCGUACGAUGGAAAGAAAGGAGGCGUCGGAGAGAAGAAGACAUUGGAGGUUGACGCCGUGAUUGGUGCCGACGGAGCCAAUUCUCGCGUCGCCAAGGCGAUUGACGCCGGCGAUUACGAUUACGCCAUCGCAUUUCAGGAGAGGAUCAAAAUCCCAGAUGACAAAAUGGUGUAUUACGAGAAUCUUGCAGAGAUGUACGUAGGUGACGACGUUUCGCCGGAUUUUUACGGGUGGGUGUUCCCAAAAUGCGACCACGUCGCCGUCGGCACCGGCACCGUGACUCACAAGGCCGAUAUCAAGAAGUUUCAAAUAGCCACACGAAACAGAGCGAGAGACAAGAUCUCAGGGGGGAAGAUCAUCCGAGUUGAAGCACAUCCAAUCCCAGAGCACCCACGUCCACGAAGGUUGGCCGGGAGAGUGGCACUGGUGGGCGAUGCAGCCGGGUACGUGACAAAAUGCUCUGGCGAGGGCAUAUAUUUCGCAGCGAAGAGCGGGCGAAUGUGUGCAGAAGCAAUCGUGGAGGGGUCGGAAAACGGGAAGAGAAUGGUGGAGGAAUCAGACCUGAGGAAGUACUUGGAGAAGUGGGAUAAAACAUACUGGCCGACUUAUAAGGUUUUGGAUGUGUUGCAGAAGGUGUUUUACAGGUCGAAUCCGGCGAGGGAAGCUUUUGUGGAGAUGUGCGCGGACGAGUAUGUGCAGAAGAUGACGUUCGACAGUUACUUGUACAAGAGAGUGGUGCCUGGGAACCCAUUGGAGGACUUGAAAUUGGCUGUCAAUACCAUCGGAAGCUUGGUGAGAGCCAAUGCUCUGAGCAGGGAGAUGGACAAAGUCAGUUUAUGAGAGAACUGUGUCUAAUUAUAAGAAAAAACAUAUAUCUUUAGCUUCCCAAAGCACCCAGAGAUCAUCAUUUCAGGUUAAUGAAUCCUCAUACUUCACUUUUGUGGAGUUGAUUUUCCUUUACUCAAAUCUGUGUGCGCAAUGAAAGAGACCAUUGCUUUCAAUAUUAAGAGCCACCCUUCAAUGGAGUUGAAAAGGCAA